AGGUGGCGAAGUGGAUCCAACAUCAGCGACGGGCCCCAACCUCGGGCAGCAUCUCCCCGGUGCGUCUGGCACGACAGGCAGCCCAGAGGGGACCACCACGACGGAUGGAAAGAGUGAUGUUGCACAGGCACAUGGCGUGACCGUUCAGUAUGAGUACACGCAUACACAGGUCAUCAAUGAGCUCUUUGACAAGUUUCCACCGCAUCGCACUUUAAAUUUGGAGGAGUUGCUUGAACUUGUCGCUCCCGCGAUGCGCCCCUCAUUGCCGAAGAAGGUGCUGGCGUGGAUUGCCUCGUACCCGUCCUACUUCAUCGUGGACGACCCAACAGAGAAGGACCCCAGUAAAGCCCGCAUUCGACGCGCCUCGGAUCGUCAGCCACUGGAUGUGGCUCUGGAACUGUACCGAUGGAUCCCCGAGGAAGGGAUUUCUGAGGCGGCGUUGCUCACGAAACUUUCGGAGGUUCACCGGGACUACGUGAAGCGAAUUGGACUGCGGCACAUUGUGGACUCCCUCUCCGAAUGGCUCAGUUUCACGGAGGCGCCAGGUGGCGGGGGCGGGGGCGCAGAGGGGGAGGAAAAAGUCCUUUUGUUAAGACGGCUUCAGACGGAGGUCGAACUCGAGCGUGCAAUUCACACAGAGGAGUCCAAGUUGGCCAGCGGCGACGAGAAUUCGCUGCCAGUGCAAAUUGAGGACGCGGAGAUGGAGCGGCGAUGGCCAAAGCUAAAAUACGAGGGUACCAUGAGCCAACAACAAGCCUCAGUUGCGCGGGCACAGCAGCGACGGGGUCGUGGUGACAUUUAG